AUGUCUUCAGUGAUAUUGGCAGAUGUGGAGAGUAAGAUCAAUGAAGUGCGGGAUCGACUGACAAAUCUAAGUAUCACUCUUAACUGCAAUGAAGCCAUCACAACUAAACCAACAACAACAACAACCACAAAAACGCCGGCAUCAACUAAUAGAGUAAAUGGCCCGGAUGAAAGAUAUUCAGCCAUAUUGACAGAACGCAGUGUGAAUGAAAGUCGUGGGCCAAAGAACACUACGUCAAUCCCAACAGGAGGACUUGAUCGUCUUGUGGAGUUGGCAAAGCGUGAGGCCAUACAGAGACAGACCAACAACAAUAAUAUUAACAACAGCAACAACCAUAUCAAUACUAAUAACAGCAGCCAAAAUAUUAACGAUAGUAUCAGCGGUGAUAAAAUCACACAAUCCGUUAAUAACAGAGAAUCGCACAACACAUCUUGUGUGCAAUCCGAAAAGUCCCUCACGGGUCUCGAGGCCCACGCCUAUUAUGACAGUACACCUGCAGCCCCACAGACACAGUAUACACAUCACAUUAUACCAACCGCAAUGUCAACCGUAAAUGAUCCGCCGAGUGGAAUGCCGAAGCGUCCAGUGCCGUCGCUGUUGACAUCCGCUGAACGUUUCGCGACAAUUCAUAAAAGUACAACCGCAACUUCAUCCGUGUUGACACCCGCAACAAGUGGAACAUUUGAUCCUUUUCAAGCUGUACAAGCUCGACUGCGAGAGAAACUGAGAAAAUCAGCUCUUUACAACAGUACUGGCUCAAGUCCAGUAGACUCCACAAAGUCACCAUCCCCAAACUUGGUGCAAGCCUGGCAAAGUGCCCCGUCAGAGACGCAGACAACUCCAGGAAGAAAUUCACAGAGUGAUAUGUCCCCUAAUACUACGCAGAUAUGGAAAGACGAAACUCAAAGACAGAAAGAAGAGGAAAGACAGCAGGAAGAGCAAGAAAAACAGGAAGGAGUGUGCAAACCUGCAGUUUCACGAAGCCCAAGUGUAAAGGCUGCUGCUGCUGCAAUUCGCCACGUGAAGGAGAAUUUCUCAUCAACUGGCAUCAAUAGAGCCUCACGGUGUUCUUCUUCACGUUCUUCCGCGGUGGUUGAGCCUCGCCAGCAUCACCAUUAUGAUCAUCAUUAUCAACAACAACAACAACAACAACAACAACAGCCGUUGAAACCGAGAGUAAGGCAACAGGAUCAACAACAGAGGGCAAAGGAGAGAAUUCCACAGCGCAGUGCCGCACGACCAGUGCAAAUGAAUGUACAUCCUCGUUCUUCCUCUAUUCAGCGAAAAGAGAAAAAUAUUAAUACUCCCUCUCAGCAAACUGAAAGGCAAUCCACACCUCGUCGCCCAAGCAGUGCGACUUCUCGACGCUCGAGUUCAUCCUUUCGUGCUCAAUCGCCCAUGCCACUAAAGACCGCACCACAGAGAACUGUUUUGGAUGUGUUAACAGGUGCUGAAGUAUUUGCACUCUUGCGAUUCCGUGGUGUUUUGGUAUCUCGCGGUGAUACCGGAGAAUGUGCGUUGCCGGACACACGAUGCCAUUCUAUGUAUUUAUCCCCAGAAGAGCACAAACAGCUUGUGGAACUUCGUGCAAGCCUGCGACUUCGCUCUUCCUCUGCUUCCACUGCUGUAAAGACGAGCGAGAGACAACCUUCUUCUGCUAGAGGAUCUAGAUUUACAACAACAGCGACAUUUGAUAGGGUGCCAAGUUCGCGACGAACAACGUCAUCACGUGGUGGUUUCCCACAAUGGUAG